AUGGUUGUUAGCAGCGUCCGCCACAAAAAUCUUGUUGAACUGCUUGGUUACUGCAAUGAAGGGGCCAAUAAAUUGCUUGUUUUCAAAUAUUUUCACAAUAAGUCCUUAAGCUCUCAGUUACAUAAAAGCGAUCGAAAUUUGGACUGGCAAAAGAGAAUGAAUAUUGCCAAAGGCACUGCAAGAGGACUGGAAUAUUUACAUGAAUAUUGUAAUAUUCGGAUCAUAUAUUUAGAUAUCAAAUCAGAUAAUAUUCUUCUCGAUGAUGAAUUUAAACCAAAGGUGGCAAAUUUUGGACUUGCUCGAUUUUUUUCAAAUGCUGCUACUCACAUCUCUGAAUCAAAAAUUAUCGGAACCAGAGUUUAUGUAGAUCUAUUUGCAAUAGAAACGAGACAGUAUUAUGAUAAAUCAGAUGUCUAUACAUUUGGUGUUAUACUUUUGGAAUUAAUUACCGGAAGAAUGCCUAUAAAAAAUGGUGUUGAUAUUGUGAAAUGGGCAAAAUCUCAAAUUAAAAAAGCUUUGAACGGAAAACUUGCGGCUUUUGUAGAUUCUACAUUGAGGUUUGAUUAUAAAGAAAUGUAUCAAAUGAUUUUUUAUGCGGAUGCUUGUAUAAAUAAUCCUCCAAAUUUUCGUCCAUCAAUAAAGAAGAUACUUCACGCUCUCGAAGGAAUUUUAUCUCUAGAUGAAUUAUCGUCACAAAAAGGUCCAGAUUACGGUGCAACAGAUUUUCUUGAACGACGCACUGCUCUGCAUGGAUAUGGAAAUCAGAAGUUGGCGAAGGAGAUGCCAAAUGUCACAUUCUUGAUGGUGGAUGUUAAUGAAUUGUGUUCUGUUGCUAUGGAUUGGGCAGUUGAGGCAAUGCCAACCUUUUUGUUCUUGAAACGAGGACAAUUACUCGACAAGGUUGUUGGUGCCAACGUAGAGCAACUGAUCUCUACCAUUGCAAGGCAUGCUGGUGGCGCACACGGGAUUUUAGUUGAAAUCAUUUACCCAUCGUCGUUUGACAUUCAAUGGUUGAGUGUAAGUUUCAGUUGGAUAUUACAUGGUGAUGAUGAUGAAAAAGGGAAGGAAGAAGAAUUUGAGUACAAUGAGGACGUUGAGGGUAAGUUUCAGUUGGAUAUUACAUGGAAAAGUUAA